AUGGCCUCUCACAAACCACGGCGCCAGAACAAUAAUCAAUUCUCCAAUAAUCACAUCGACUAUGAAUCUGAUACGGUCUACGUCUCCGACAUGCAGAAUCAACCACCACCGCUCCGCUCUAACGAGGACCUGAACCUCUUGGUUCUGCAGCGUCACAACCCCUCCAUCGCCUCGAUACUCUCUCUCGCCCCUUACUCCGUCGUUUAUAUCUUUAGCCCCAUAACGCGGGGUUGGGAAAAGAUGAAGGUAGAGGGCACGAUGUUUGUCUGCCAGCUGACCCAGGGCAGCUUGGGUGAAGAUCGAUACUCCGUAUUCGUAUUGAACCGAUCAGGCCUGCAAAACUUCGAACUACCUCUCACAGAAAGUGAGAAUGUCGAGUUGACAGAGACCUACGUGAUUCUCAAAGCGGACGAGGCCACCGAAGGCGGGAGGGAUACCAACGGGAUCGCAGGCGACGGCCAGAACGGCAACACCCCGGACGUGCGCAUUUACGGUAUUUGGAUAUACCAAGAACCUCCGCCCAAUUCGACUGCCGAUGCGCGCACUAUAAACGCCGAUCUGAUCCGCCAGUGCGCCGCGCACGCUGGACAGAGCCUGAAGCUGGCGCGCCAGCGCCUCGAGGAGACGCGUCAAAAUGGCAUGCACAUUGCUGCCGCGGCAGCGGAGAUGCAAACACCGCCUGUGGAGGAAGCACAAGCCAGCGCGCCCAUGGGCCGUCAGAUGUCGCUGAAGGAUUUAUUUGGGCAGCAGCGAGCGGAGGACGAUGGAUGGAGCGUUCGCGCACACCAUGUCAGUCCUGAACAACAGCAGCAGCAGAUUUAUCAGAACAUGAACCCUCCGGUACACCCUCAACACAACCACCAACCGCCCCCGCAACCACAGGUUCAGGCGGAUGUCCUGGGCGAUUUGUUCCGGAGGGCGGGGAUCGCAUACCAGGGAGGAGGACAGGGGUAUUAA